AUGCAAGCUGCGUUGGUGCCGUUUAUUUCUGGGAGCAGCAGUGAAUUUCUUUUUUUUUUUGUUAUAGGCAUUGGACAUUUUGCGCGUGAUUGUCCCACCGAGCGCCGUUCGGCCAGUGGCGGCAGUCAGAAGUGCUACAACUGCGGCAGACUUGGGCACAUUUCGCGUGAUUGCCCGGAUUCCGGAUCGGACCAGUCGAAGCGGUGUUACAAUUGCCAGCAGAUCGGGCAUAUCAGUCGCGAGUGCCCGCGCGGUGACCGCGAUGAUUGA